GAUUAACAUUUAAAACAAUGCACGAAUCGCUUAAGAAUAGAAGUAGAUUUUUAAAAAGAAAGAACAAAAAUGGAUAUUUAAAAUCACAGAUCUAUUAACUAUUUCAAAUGUCGUCGUUGCUAUAUGUUUUCAGAUGAUCUUUAACUUCUUUGUACCAUGUAACCAUACUACCUCACCUAAAUGGAUGAUUAUGAUGACGAAGACUACAACAAAACGCCGACGCCACAGAACGGAGGACUGAAUUUUUUCAGUAGGAACAGUAGCCGCGCUUCGAGUUCAACUCCCGUGAAUAAUCUUUUUAGUAAGACAGCACGUGAGCGUACUGACGCUUCUUCUGCAUCUUCACGUGCAUCUGGAAAAGUUGGUUUUCAAGCGAACGUACCACCACGAGGGACAAACGCACGAGCUACACCAAUCAAUUCGGUAAGACGAUCUGUUAGUCUGCGUACAGGAAGCUCAGCCUCGAAAACAUUGCCCGAAAGAAAAGCAAGCGGACGAAAUAGUGUGAUUGCUAAAACCACGGACGAUAUCAAGAAAAAAAGCACAAACGGAAGAAACAGUGUGUCAAAUAAAUUGGAAUCUGAUAAUUCAAAACUUGUUCUCGAUUCAAACGCUAUAAAAUCAUUGUUUUGUGAACCUUGCCAACAACAGUGUGUAGACGUUAAGGCAGAAUCCUAUUGUAAAAACUGUGAGGAAGCAUUAUGUGAUAGCUGUGCAGGAACGCAUAGAAAUUCUAAAAUAACACGUGAUCACGCCGUUUUAUUGCUAGACGAUAUGUCCAACCCAAGACCAAAAGUUAAAGAUGACCAGUACCCGUCAAAACCAGGAAAGCCUGAGAAGGUUGCUAUUGAAUCCACUACAUGUACUAUAAGCUGGGAGCCGUCUACAGGUCCUGUUGACUGUUAUGAAGUUAGAUAUAAGGUAAAAACGUCUAAAACAUGGUCCAAAGUGCAGACCGAAGGCCCACAGUGCAUAUUUACUGUUCAAAACUUAAAGGGAAGGACGGCUUACAAUUUCCAGGUCCGUGGAAUUUCCGGUUCGAUUGAAGGACCGUUCAGUUAUGUCAGUGAGCCAUAUGAAACCAAGGUUUCGUUGGCAUGGAGAUUGAUGCAGACAGCAAGGAAAGUAGAGGACGGGAGUCCUGCUAAGUAUAAACUAGAAUUAGACGAAAAACUAUCAGCCAGAAACGAAAAGGCAAAGACAAGAAAAUGUGUACUUGGUAACAAACGCCUCGGUGUAACGGUAGGAGAAAAGACUAUCAUGAUGGUGGGCGCCACUGGAGCAGGAAAGACAACUCUUGUCGAUGGCAUGAUUAAUUUUAUCACUGAUGUCGCUUUAGAUGAUGACUUCCGGUUUACCAUGAUAGAUUUGACGUCAGAAGAGAAGAACAAAGAAAGUAAUCAGGCUAUAUCCCAGACGGAGUGGAUAACAUGUUACCAGAUCUGUCACCAGGAAGGAUGUAAGGUACCUUUCAACGUCAACAUUAUCGACACGCCUGGAUUUGGUGACACACGGGGUAUAAAGAGAGACGAGGCUAUCGUUGAACAGAUCCGUAGUUUCUUUACAACCCCUGGAGAGAUUGGAAUCCAAACAUUGGACGCGGUUUGUUUUGUAGUCCAGUCACCUUUAGCUAGACUUUCGCCGUCACAACGUUAUAUAUUUCACUCAAUUUUAUCGAUUUUUGGUAAAGAUAUUGUAGAUAAUAUCUACGUUCUUAUAACAUUUGCAGACGGAAACAUCCCGCCAGUGCUCGCGUCGCUGAAGGAAGCGGAAGUACCGUUUAAAGAACAUUUCUCUUUUAAUAACUCUGCUUUGUUUGUAGAUCCUACCAAGAAUAAAACCGCGCCAAUGUUCUGGGAAAUGGGACAAGAAAGUUUUGAAAUUUUUUUCCGAAACUUACAAACUGUUCAGACAAAAAGUCUACAACUGACGGCAGAAGUCCUUGUCGAAAGACGACAAAUUGAGCUGAAUAUAAAAAGUUUGCAAGAAGAAAUUAAAGUUGGUCUUCAUACAUUACACAGAGUAGAGAUAGAAAAGAAGAUUAUAAAAGAUCACGAAAAAGAUAUUAACGCGAACAAGAAUUUUAUAUUUACUGUUCCUCAAGAAUACUUUGUCAAGGUUAUGUUACCACCAGGCCAACAUACCACGACAUGCCUUCGAUGCAAUCGAACAUGCCAUGACGACUGCACGUACCUUGAUAACGACGAAAAACACAAAUGUUUCGUUUUCAACAAACGUGGUUUCUGCACUAUUUGUAUCGAGCAUUGUUACUGGCGUGAACACGUCAACUGCAAUUAUAUUUAUCAAAUGAGAGUACGUCACGUGACUGGUGAGUUAAAGGAACUGCGACAAAAGUACCAAAUUGCAUCGAAUGAAAAAGAGAAACACGAAAAGUUUGUCAAAGCUGUAACCGUCGAGCUGAAUAAGCAAGCAAAUGAAGUUUGGAAUAAAAUGAAAACGGUGCGAAAAAGUCUUCAGCGCCUUUCUGAAAUUGCUCUCCGUCCUAAUCCCCUUACCGACGUCGAGUAUGUUAAGCUUCUGAUAGAAAACGAGAAGAGGGAAGCAAAACCUGGCUGGCAAACACGAGUACAAAUGCUGGAAGAAUUGAAACAGCGAGCGCAAAUUAUUACUGAAAUGCCGGAAAAGAAAAGUCAGCUAUGGGAAACUGUUAAAGCAAAAGACUAGAGUAUUGUUUGGAACGCACUCAUAGAAACAUAUAUGUCCUUUUUGUACACAAGUUUUGCUGUAUCACAUACUAUUUUUUUGUAUUUAAAAAAAAGAAAAAAUAUUAGUAGUAAUUAAUUUAUUUUAUAUGUUUUAAAUGAAUAUCUACUACAUUGUAAUUAUAGAUUUUUUUAUGGCAAAAUCAAUAUCAAUUACGUUAUACUUAUGAAAUGUGUGAUGUCAAGUCUCAGUGUCAAGUACAUAAAAAUUGUGUAAAAGCAUAUAAGAGAGUCUGGUUUUGGGUUAACAGUGUACUGAAUAAUGGGGAUACAUGCUGAACAAAGGUUAAAAUAAUUACGUACAGAGAAAAGAAGGCCCCUCAAAAUCAUAUAGAGAAUAAUGGGGAGAUAAAAAAUAAAGAAUACAGAAAUGAUGAUCUCCUCCCAACAUCCAGACCCUAUUAUAAUAUUGUGUAUGUUUUAUACCAGUAUUAUUAAAGUUGAUAUGUUAAGGGUUUGCUAUUCUCAUUGAUUAUGUAAUGAUGUUUAAACUUACAUAGCAGAAGAUACUUACCCUUCAACGUACCCGGUCUCCCUUCUCUUAGUACUCAUGUGAUUCCCUCUCUUUGUGUUUUUUAAGCUUGUUUUUUUAUCUCUUAUUUGUCUCUAGUUACAUAAAAUGUACCCGCAUAGUACUCUCUGUUAGUGUUUUUUUUAAACUUUCUUUAUCUACUACUGACAUACCUAAAUGCUGCACUUAUCCCCCUCCCCUCCCCGCACACAACCACACACACAACAAAAAUGCUACCAGUAUAUAUGUCAACAGGAAAAAAUAGCUAUGCAAUCUUUACAUAAAUGGUAUAAGAACUCGUAUUCAGUUAAAUUAAAGACAUAAAAAACGUCCAUUUAAAACUUCAGAAAUCAUAUUUUUCUAAAAUAAACCCAGUUUUUCUUUAUCUCAUUUCAUAGACUAGACUCGAAAUCUUUAAGAACAAAAUAAGUUUUAUUGCAAUAAAGAAGAUUAAAUUAAG